AUGCCUCGCAACAUUCCCGGCAAGACCACCAGCUCCAAGCCGACCAUGGCGCCGGCUCUCCGAGCCAGCACUCAGAGCAAGGCUCUCGUCAAGAAGGCUGGUGCCGUCGCUACCAUCAAGAAGGUGACGGCCUCUCCUAAGCCGUCCAAGAAGGCAGGUCACACUUCGGACACCAAGUCCCAGACCGAGGAGGUCAAGGAGGUCGAGGAGAUCAAGAAGGUCGAGGAGCCUCGAUUCGACACCUUCCACCCGUUCCCUCGUCUCCCCAAUGAGAUCAAGGCGAUGAUCAUCUGCGAGUACAUUGACUACGAGCCCGCCGUCAUUUAUGGCAGCUGCAAACCCAAUAAGACAACCCCAGGACUCAUCGACGUCAACACUGGAAGAGAUGGCGCCGCGUCCAAAUACAAAUGCUUGACCCAACUCGCCAACAGCAUCAUUGGAUUCGAUGAGGUCAUCGAGCGCGAGUUCGGAGUCUCAUUCCAUGACUUGUCUCGCUGCCCCGAGCUCGGCGUCCGCGCGGACAAGGAUCUCAUGGUUCUCGUGUUUGACGUGAAGCAGCGACCCUCUCUGGACUGGUAUAGCGCUCAGCAGCGAAGACUCAAUCGCAGCCACUUCGUCGUCGGCAUUCGCAACAUUGGCGUUGUGUAUGAUCGAGACCGCCUUUAUGGUCUGGACUUGAACUUCAACAGGGUUGUUUCCCAACCUUGCGCCUUCGGUGAUCUUGCCGUGAUGGUCGAGAGCUUCCCUGAUGUCAAGAACUUCUUCAUUCUUGUCAAGUUGCGCGACGGCAACAAAGCUUCGCAGAAGCAGUUCCUGACGGAUCAGCUUGCCACAGCGAAGGAAAGCAACCAUCUUAUGAUCUUUGAGGAGAAGGAGAGAACCUGGGUCGAAGUAACCCCUGCUGUCGCCAGAAGUCAGCCCCGCGGUGACCCUUUGAGAAGUGCCCUCGACCUCCUCGUCCGCACCGACUUUCUGUUCCAUGCACUCUCAAGCGUCAGGGCUCAACCCGCUCAUGUUCGAUUCCGCCUUCUCGCGGCAUCGCACUUCAAGAACAAGACGCUGGGAAUCUGA